GUUGUCAAAGCGUGUUGGUCGGUUCGAGAUAAAGCUUACGUUCGAAAUAAUGGCGUCUUGUAAUAUCCUAAAUUUGCCGGUGGAAGUUCUCGCCUUGAUUUUCAAGGAGCUAUUUAAUAUCAAGGAUAAACUUAAUUUGGCCGAAGCCCAUCCAGUUCUCGGAACGGCUUUUGCACUGCAAGCUGGGAAUACUUACAAGGAAAUAGUUUUCGAGCAACGCCCAGAUAUCGAGUGGUCAAAAAUUUUGUCGUUCUGUGGAUCUUCCGUUUCUAGAAUAUCAAGCAUGACGGUGGGAAAAACAAUGGUUGUGACCAAACUGGCUUCGAUGUUCUGUCCCAAUCUCGAGGAGUUCUUCAUUCCCGUUCGCAGCAAUUACUGGAAUCAUAUUGCUCCACUUCUAUUGACCUUGCAAAAUCUGAAAUGGGUCGGAUUCAUAAACAAUUUUGAUAGAGUAAAUUUGGUCGACACUCUGAUGAAGUUACCUAAACUAAAUAACUUGCAAUUGGUUAGGUUUAACCGUCGAGAUAUGGGAAGACUAAAGGAGCUUGUAAACCUGGAGAACCUGUCCAUACUCCAGAACAAAAGAGGGGAACCAAUUGAUAUUUAUAAUGUGUGUUCGUCCAUGAAAAACAUGGAUUCGUUGAGGAUACACUGCGGCGACAUUCGAAUCCCCAGUAAUCUGGGCGAAGAGCCAUUGUGGCCCAAGAUAGAAUUACUGAGAGUUGGUUACGGUAUCUUCUACUCGCCAUUACCUUAUUUGCCGACUCUGAAAUACUUCACUAUAGAUAACACUAAUUUCCGUAUAAAACUUAACAAAAUAUUUGGGGAAACGGUAACAAAGUACGGCGAAACCUUGGAGUCUCUGCGCUUUUGUCCAGAAACCCUGCGAUGUAUCGAUUCUGGAGAGGCCGAAACCAUAUCUAAGUUGAAGGCCCUGAAGAGGCUUGAAUGUCAGUUGGAAGACGAUUUAUACAUCGAUCUAUUUAUCACUCGGUUGCAGCAACUGGAGGACCUUAGCCUGCAAAACUCCUCCAACAUCACCAAUGUCGGCAUCCUCAAGUUGCUAAACCGCUGCAAGAAGCUGCGUAAACUUGACGUUUUUGGUUGCCGGCUGAUCAACAAGGCUUUGGUAAAGCCGGCUGUCGCUCUUCUAAGUAUGAACGGCGUUCAGCCAGAUAAUCCCUUAGUACUUAAAGUUGGUGCUGAAUUCGGAGCUGUGAGCGAUAAAUUAAUCGACGGUGUACUGCGGAUUGAAGGACACAACAGCUUUAGAUUUUUCGAUCUUUUGGAACAAUUGCUUUAAAAGAAUACACAUAAAGAUAUGGUAUACGUCUUUAUUUUAUAAUUCAUAAUUUCUUCUUUUGACCGAGCAAAAAUGAAAUAAAGCGUUGAGUUGCUUAAUAAAGUAAAAAUAUAUAAAAUGAAGGGGUGCAAUUUUAGUAACUCGAUUACUGAAGGGUAGUUUUUUGGUCUGUAGCCCAACCGUUUUGGACCCGUCGGAAAAGUAGCUGCCUCGGUAGCACUGCUCAAAUGGAAAGAGCCAUCGGAAAGAGAGGCAGAUAAGCCAGGGCCAACACGCCAGACAAACUGGCGACGCCUUGUGAAAUUUUCCUUCGUCUUCGGCGCGCACACAACAAUAAAGAAAAUAAAUAUAAAAAACACUGCCUGGCACACACUCUCGCGCUGAAAGGGCCCCCGAGAACUACAACGAAAUAAGACCAUAAAUGCAUUUUAACAAAAGACAAGCCCCGAGAGCCAAUGAACCUGAAGCAAAAAGUAAAAAUAAAAGAAAGGAAAAAAUUGAAAACCAACACAGAAAAUAAAGAAGCAAAGCCCCAAACCAAAGGCCAUAAAUAAGCCGACAUCGGCUCCGUUGCGCAUGCGCCGCAGCAUUUCGGGCUGCACUUCAACUUGAGUCUCUGGCCCGUCUCCAGCCUCCUCUCGCUCGGAUCCCCUAUCUUGCUGCUCACCAUCUACCAUCUGGUGAGCCAUUUGAGGCUACGGAGCCAGAUUCAGGAAAGUGCGGACUCAAAGUAUUACUCCACCACCAAAUACUGGUAAAUACCACGGGCAGUUUGUAUAAUUUAGACCUAAAUGUGUUUUUUAAUCGUAUUUGGAUAUACUUUAGAAUUUUAUAACAUAUUUUAAAAAGUAUUUAAAAAAAAA